GAAACUAGAAACUGAAACGCAUCAAAACACGAGCAAACAAAGUAUAUUACCGGAACGAACCGAACCAUAAUCCGGUUCAACCGUGAAACAGUUGCUUGCGUUUUGCUGCGUCCACCAGAUACUUUAAAGUGAUCUGAUGAUGGAAGCACUCAGCACGUACUACAAUAAGGACGAGUACGUCGAAACUGCGUCCGGCAACAAAGUUAGCCGGCAGACCAUUCUAUGUGGCUCGCAGAACAUUGUCCUUCACGGCAAGGUGAUUGUGCAGAGUGGAGCAAUCAUCCGGGGUGACUUGGCCGCCGUCCGCACCGGGCGGUACUGCGUCAUCUCGAAGGGUUCCGUCGUCAGGCCACCGUAUAAGCAGUUCAGCAAAGGAGUUGCAUUUUUCCCGUUGGUAAUCGGCGAUCACGUGUUUAUCGGUGAAGGUGCUGUUGUUUCAGCCGCCUCGAUCGGUUCAUAUGUUUACAUCGGCAAGAAUGCCGUUAUCGGCCGCCGAUGUGUGUUGAAAGACAACUGCAUCAUCGAGGAUGGAGCAAUUGUACCACCGGAGACGACGAUUGCUAGCUACAUGCGUUACACCGCCGAUGGACGCGUGGAAGGUGGCCAGGGAAAUCCCGACUUCGUACCGCACGCAAUGCUCGAUUUGAUGAUCGAGUUCACUAAAUCGUACUACGAUAACUUCAUUCCAAUAGCGAACUGACGGCACAGGACGCUCUCGGUCCGAUCGAGAGUCUAGCGUGUGUCGUAUCAUCUUCCACCAACCCCAGCUCUCAUCCGUGUAAUGUAAUCGUUAAUCUUAAAGAUAUGUAUUUAUUCAAAAGCAACAAAUAAUAACCCCACAGACGGUCAAAUAUAGCCAU